AUGGCAUCAAAAAAGAGCGAUGUUAAAGUGCUUAAGGGUCAAGAAGCCGAAGACCGCGUCAAGCAAUACAUCAAACGCAUGAAUCGCCCCUUCGGCGCCGUCGACGUUUCUGCGAAUCUGAAGGGUUCAGUCCCUAAGACGGCUACCCAGAAGAUCUUGUUGGCAUUAGCGGACAAGGGAGAUGUUACGCAGAAAGUGUAUGGCAAAACGACGUUCUUCGUAGCCAACCAGUCCACCAUACCUUCCAUACCUGUUGAAACACUCGCCACCCUCGAAGAAGAAUGCAAAGCGCUCGAUGAAUCAAAUAAGGUGCUUUCGGUGGAGGUCAAGGGUCUUUCUAAUGAACUUGCGAAGUUAAAGAGUACACCUACGGACGAGGAACUAGGCAAGGAACUGCAGGCUGCAGAAGAAAGCGCUGCAAAGCUGCAGUCCCACCUGCUCCCAUUACGCUCUGGGACACCGCUCGUCUCCGCUGCUGAACUGAAGGAGAUAGAUCAGGAAUGGACGAAGUGGAGGGCUGAGUGGGUUAGGAGGAGGAAAGUCUGGAAGACAUUAUGGGCUCUCAUAUCGGAUAGCCUCGACACGAGCUCUGCGUCCGAACUGCUGGAAGAUCUGGGCGUGGAGCAGGACACAGCGGAACAUGUAGCAGUUGAAAGGGGAAGCCUGUGCGCUGUUGGUGCUGCUAUAGGGCGUCGGUAG